GGCCCCGCGUCCCGCCCCCUUCCCCUCCUUUAACACCGUCUACCUCCUCGAGGCGGCUGGCAAGACUUCCUGUCGGCUCGGAGGCGAGAGCUGCGCGGGGCGAGCGCGGCCGGUCUGCUUCGCGCGGAAAGGGCUCGCUGCGUGGCCGGUGGAAGGCACUCCGUCGGUGGGCGAAGUUGGCCGCGGCGUGCACGCGUGCGCGGAGCCCUCGAAGCCGCUGCUGAGCAGCCGCCGCGAAAGGCAUUGCCCUUUCUCGCGUUUUAGCGCGGGGAUCGCCGGAGGGGAAGCGGCGCCGCUUGGAAGAUGCACACGACUCAGAAGGAUACCACGUACACCAAGAUCUUCGUCGGGGGUCUGCCCUACCACACGACGGACUCCAGCCUCCGCAAGUACUUCGAGGUUUUCGGAGAGAUCGAGGAAGCGGUGGUCAUCACCGACAGGCAGACGGGCAAAUCCCGGGGAUACGGCUUUGUGACGAUGGCUGACCGAGCUGCUGCUGAGAGAGCCUGCAAAGAUCCUAAUCCAAUCAUUGAUGGAAGAAAGGCUAAUGUGAAUCUAGCAUACCUAGGAGCAAAACCAAGAAUAAUGCAGCCAGGUUUUGCCUUUGGUGUUCAGCAACUCCAUCCAGCAUUAAUACAAAGGCCUUUUGGGAUCCCUGCUCAUUAUGUAUAUCCACAGGCCUUUGUGCAACCCGGAGUAGUCAUUCCACAUGUCCAGCCUACCGCAGCUGCUGCCUCCACCACACCUUACCUUGACUACACUGGAGCUGCAUAUGCUCAGUACUCAGCCGCUGCCGCCGCCGCUGCUGCAGCGGCAGCCUAUGACCAGUAUCCCUAUGCAGCAUCCCCAGCUGCUGCAGGAUAUGUCACUGCUGGGGGUUAUGGCUAUGCAGUCCAGCAACCAAUCACUGCAGCAGCACCUGGGACAGCUGCUGCAGCUGCUGCUGCUUUUGGCCAAUACCAACCACAACAGCUGCAAACAGAUCGUAUGCAAUAGCAGAUGGACCUAUGAAGAAAGUUCUCUUUCUUAUUCUUUCUAUGUUGUUACCUUCCAGCCUUCCAAUAGAAAUAGUUUUAAAAGUGGCAAUUAAACAUAACUCAUCCAGCUUUAAGGAAAGCUACAAUGCAAUAUAGUAUUACAAAAGCAAAUGCCACUGUCUUUGUACAGUAUGCAUCCAUAUUAUGGGUGGUAUUCUGGGGUGGAUAUUUGUAAGGGUUCAUAAUAUCAGCCCAGGCAUCAUCCUAUCAUGAAAAGAUGACAGAAGUAACAAAAGAAGCUUACAUUAAACAGAACAAAACGAAAAAAGUAGAGAUGCAUUUUACAGUAUCAGGGAAAAAAGUCCAGGUGAGCAAUAUGUAGCCUUUAUCAAGUUGAAGAUGACUAUUUAAAUGUUGAAAGCACUGACUCUCAUUGCUACUUUUCAUUAUAGCCUGCAGAACUUUCUUUGAAUAAUAAGAAAAUAUUUCCUGACGAUCUCAUAAUGGGCAUCGAACAAACUAAGGAACGUGGCCUUUGGGGGGAAAAGGGUGGACAGGCACCAAAGUUAUUUUCUCAUCUGUCCUCUGUAUGAAUGGGACUAUGGAGCAAGUGGUGUGGAAUUAAUGGGUGCAACAGCUGUACAGACAAUCAAUAGCACAGACCGUUCUGGAAAGAACACAUCACUUGUGCUUGUUUGAUGAGCUUGUCACAUUCUAAUCCCUCUCCCCAUCCUGUUUCACUUUUAGGAAACUUUGACUGCUGGUGUCAGCUAUUCUGAUUCUGAAAUAGGAUCAGCUCUUUACUACAACAGCCUCCUCUUUUUAUUUAUUGUAUCUAUUCAUGGCUUGCGAAUAAAGGCAGGAAGAAAUUUGCUGAAUUUAAACCUUUAAGAACUGUGUUAAAGGGGGUUUUUUAAAUGAUUUGUGCACAAUUUAAUACCUAUUUAAAUAUUUAUUUGCAAAACAUAGCUCUUUUUCAUGAGUCAGCUUGUGGAGAUUGCAGUUCUUCAAGGGUUAAUGCUAUGUGGGCUAUAUUGUGCCUUAAUUGUAAUGCUAUUUAAAGAUAUAUUUAUUUUGAAAAUUCUACUAUGCUGCGCUCUAAAGCAAAAACCUUAGAUGUGAAAUUGUAAAAUUAUGUAUUCAUCUCAUUGUAUAAGUUAUUUAGCAGGGUUAGCUAUAGUAUCUAAAAUAUUAACCUAAUCAACUAAGAUGCUGACAUGGGUUUAUUUAAAUUCAGUAAGUACACCAUUUUAUAAUGGUACUUUUAAACAUGUUUUUAAAGGUUUUACUCUUAAAAAUGCUAGUUUCAUGAUUUUCCCUCAAGCUCUUUGUCCAUAAAAACUGUUUUGUUUUUUUGUUUUUUUAAGGAAGCAAAAUUUAAUUCCUUUGAAUUGAGAAUUGGUAAAAGGAUCUGACCAUAAAGCUACAAUAUUUCAAACACUUGAUUAGGAGAAGGCCUGAUGAAUGCAUUGCUGUUGUGUAAGAGGAACCUCUUUUUUGUGUUAUGGUCACAACAACGAUCUCUGCAAAUGGGCACCAUUCGAAUUGGAUAAAUGCUGUCCGGGGGAAAAAAAAUGUAUGUCCAGUCUGUGGGAUCCUGUUUGCAGAUAGUACUGCUACUACCAGGACCCAAACCACAUAGGAGGAAAAAAACACAUGCGCACCAGAAUAGUAGCCUGAGCCCUACUGAUCAUGCUGGGACUUGGUCCCAACCAUACAUAUGAAAGACUGGGGCUGAAGCCCCAAUCUGAAAUGCAAUAUAUUGAAAUAAACUCCCACAAUAUGAUCCACGUAAUGUGUUCAGGGUGGGUAGUUACUAUUUUCUCCUACAAAAAGAUAUAGGUAGUUUUUCACUCUCAUCUCUGUAUAGAUCAACUCUACUUCCUUUGCUAGGAAACGCUGCUUUACAUUGUCCUGUGAAACUGCAAUAACUUGCAAUUUUUAUUCUUGACCUAAAAUGGAAUUUAAUAUUUUACACUGUAUUGGAAUCUUUUUAUACUUGAACAAUUUCAUACAAGGGAAGACAGGAUAGCAUUUUUAUGGACUUUAUCCAAUAUCACUGGAUUUACUUUUAAUACUAGCCAGUGUUAUGUACUAAGGUCGAUAACAUGACUUUCAUAUGCAUGUUAUUUAUUGUGUAUAUUGCUUUAUAAUGUUUCAAAUCUUUUAAUCUAUACACUUGUAUUAAAAAAAACAAUAAAACAUUGUUAAAUCCACCCUA